UACUCCGCAGUUAUUGGUGCUCAUGCCUCUACAUUUGCUCCUCAGUAAUCAGAUCCGAGAUCGUGUUUCUCACGGCGGCCAUCGCGUUGCCGCCUUGCUCCUUAGCCCCUUCGCCCAAGUUGGUCAAACGUCACGAUGAUGUGAUACCUCCCUUUAUCUAUCAUUUUCCCUCUUUGCUCCCCCUUCCCAUUGGUUUUCAUCAUGACGAUCCCUGGACUGAAAUUGGGCUUGGUCAUGCUCCUGGUGAGCUUGACUCGGACGGUGGUGAAGGCCGAGGUCUUGGUUUUCGAGCUUCGAACGGGCCAUGAACUCCGGUCCAUGCCCUCAGCGCCGGCCCAGUUUGGCCGUGCCUUCCCUGAUGAAGGCAUUUCAGGCUGGGUCAUGAAGGCCAAUCCGAUUAAUGCCUGCCAGCCCAUUGAGCCGCCCAUAGGGCGACGUCACGAUGGGUUGCAAUACUUUGCCUUGAUCUCCCGAAAUGGGUGCUCAUUUGAGACGAAAAUUCGGUACGCCCAAAAGGCCAACUUCAGUGCCGCCAUCGUGUUCAAUCCGAAUUCGGAUCGCAUUAUUCCCAUGGGUGGCUCGGAUGCAUCCCUCAUUCCAUCACUCUUCAUUGGACGUUCCGACUCCAACCUUCUUCAACGACAUUACUUGUUUCCGAGCAAUCCGGAUGUGUACCUCCUAUUGACGGACGAUGACGACUUUGAUAUCAACGCCUACCUUUUGCCUUUUGCCAUCGUGAUCGGAGUUUGCUUCACUAUAAUGCUCUCCAUAGUGUUGUACAAGUGCAUUCAAGACCAUCGAAGGAGUCGCCGUCAUCGAUUGCCUCGUUCUGCGCUCAAACGCUUGCCCAUAAUCAAGUUUAAAACCUCUGAUCCUUACGAGACUUGUUGCAUCUGCUUGGAAGACUUCGAAGAGGGAGAAAAAUUACGCAUCCUUCCGUGUGAUCACGGAUAUCAUUCUAAAUGUAUCGAUCCUUGGUUAGUCAAAAACAAACGGAUUUGUCCUCAAUGUAGAAAGCGAGUGUUUGGUGGCGAUGAGAGCGCCGAAGAGGAGACCGAUGACGAGCGGGCACCUUUGUUGGCUAACGGCGCCCGGACUUUUCCAAGCUACAAUCACGGACGACCCUUCUCCACCGCAGCGGAAUCCGGAGGCUUGCAAACAUUUGCCGAAAGGGAUGCUGUUCCACCCCAGAUGCUCGCAGCCGCCAUGGGUCAAGUCCGGGAGGUUCCCACUCAUCAACAGGAGGUGAUGGCGUCCAUUGAAGUGCCGCUUGAUGAUGAACUGAACUAUCCCGGGGGUGCCCGAGGUGGUAGCACUUUGGUCAAUGUUGAUGAAACCACGCAGCCGAGGUCCGGACAUCAGACAUCAGAAAGUCAAGAUGGAGCUGGGAUCAAUGUUUAGAUGUACUUUUUUUUCUUCUAACCAAGUUAUAUUUGUCAGAAUCCCUGCCGCUCCUAAUGAUGUGAAACAAUUUUUUCACACAGAGAUCUGAAGAUUGUCUCACACAAAAUGUGCGAGUGUGUGUUAGGUUGAACGUAAUUUCGUCCCAACCAUUGAACAUAAAUAUCUGAAAUAACAAAUAUAUUAGUCACUAAUUGUCUUUGACACACUGUA